GCAUUAUUUAUUAUUAUUAUUUCAAAGGAUGAUUGGCAUUCUGAGCUGCUUUCGAUCCAUUAUUCAAUAGUUGUAAGAUUGUUUAUCACAACUAUGAAUUAAUCAGGAAGUACUUAAUAAACAUAUCUCAAAUUUCUACUUUUCUGUGCUUUUUAUUGCAACCAACUUCCUCAAAAGCACAAUCAAAUGACUUUCUGAGCUGUCAAUUUCUAUCUAUGAUCAAGAAUUUGUAGUUCUUUAGAAGUCAUUGAUCAGUGAUAACAUAAGAGACAGCUUCAUGAUGGGCAUAAAUGGCCCUCUAUUUUACACCAGCCUCCUGAUAUGUUGUCUUCUACCCUUCACAUUUCAGUUGUUAAUGACACCUUCAACAUUAGACCAGGAGAGCCUGGGAUGUGUACUUAAUGUAGAGCUAAAGACAGCCUUCUGCGGAAACAGUGGACUCAAUUCGAUUCCUCAAACUCUUUUUGAAGACAUCCUGCACUUUGAAUUAUUCAGAAACAACAUCACUUCUCUGUUAAGUUGGUCGUUUGAAAGAUAUCCUCUGAUUACUCGCUUGGACCUUUCUCGCAAUGAUAUCCGGGUAAUAGCAAAGACUGCCUUACAUCCUCUUGAACAUUUGAUGUACCUUGAUAUAUCCCAUAAUCCUCACCUUGUUCUUCCAGACGAAGGGCUUCUACGGUGGGCUAGGAAUCUUUCCACUCUAAACCUGUUCUCUUCAAACUUACAGGCUCUCCCCAAUCACGACAUCCUUAAGUGGAGUCCACGAUUAGAAUAUGUUAGACUUUACAAUAAUCAUCUCAAAUCCGUUCAUGUGGGAUCUUGCGGUACUUUAACCUCAUUAAUCCUGUCAGAUAAUAAAAUUGAGCAAAUAAAUCAAGAUACAUUCCAUCUUGAUUGCCACAUUGAUCUUUUAGAUCUACUAGGCAAUCCACUCCAGUCAGUUGACCCGGAAGUAGUGAAGUCAUUGCAUGUCAAUACUUUAAUUAUUGGUGACCAUCCCUUGACAUUCAAGUUCUUUAAAGAUUUGUUCUAUGGAGUUUCCCUUGGUGAAAUAGAUAAAAUUGUAAUAAUCAAUGCCUCUGUAAGUGGCUUUCCAAAUGAUUUCUUCAAGCCCUUACAUGACCACCCUCUUCGUCAUCUUGAAUUCUCAUAUGAUGAACUGGACAACCUGUAUCCUCAUGUCUUCUCCAACUUGACCCAGGUCUAUGAACUCUCAUUUGGGAAUGACUAUAUACCCAAGAUUGAACCGGACUACUUUGAAGGUAUGCAUGGCUUAAAAGUCUUGACUAUAGAAUAUAAUCAACUUAAAUAUAUCAACACUGAGAGUCAAAGCUGGAAGGUGGAUUUGACUGAACUUCACUUAGCUGGCAACAUGUUGACCAAAAUCACUCCACAUACAUUUUGGGGUCUAAAGAAUUUGACGUUCUUGGAUUUGAGUGACAAUGAUCGACUUGCUACCUUUAUGCUCAAAUCUUUCUCGGGUCUUGAUAAUCUUGAAGUCAUCAACUUGUCAGAAUGCAAUGUCUUUCAAAUGAGACUAUACACCCCGUCUCUAAGAUGGCUUUCAAUGAGCAAUAUAGUAGCCCCCUGGAGCCCUUUGGUGCCUGAAGAAACUUUUAGAGAAACAAAAUCACUUGUAAGUUUAGAUAUGCUUGAAUCAGAGCUCCGUGAUUACAAUCUGUGGAAUGCAGCAAUGAACGUAUCUAUUUUUGAUGGAUUAGUUAACCUUAAAACUCUAGAUCUGAGUGAUAAUACUGAUCUUGGGAAGAGUUUACCCAAGUACACCUUCAGAGAGCUCAGUGCACUGGAAGAACUGAGAAUAGAAUAUUGCCACAUUUCAACUGUUCACCACCUCACUUUUCAGGGAUUGGUGUCACUUCAGAAGCUCAGCUUAAGAGGGAAUAUCAUUCAAACUGUCCAUCCUAGGUUAUUUCAAGGAUUAGUACAAGUGACAAGCAUAAAUCUUAAAGGAAACAAACUAGAAUAUCUUGACAAAGGCAUAUUUUCAACCAAUGCAAAUCUGACCACUCUGUCAUUAGCUGAUAACAAACUGACAAGUCUGAACCAAAGUACAUUUCAACCUAUAAAAACAUCACUAUCAUCUCUUGAUCUUUCAGUCAAUCCAAUUAACUGUAUCUGUGACUUAUCAUGGCUCCUGAGUUGGCUAAGAAACUCUUUGAACCUGGUAAAUAAAGAAGAAACUAUCUGUUCAUUAGCAUCUUUAGAAGGGACUAAACAUAAACCUUUGCUUGACUUUGACAUAGAAAAAUUGUGUAGAAUUAACAUUAUUCUGUGUGUUGUACUUCCACUGGCGGCCAUUUGCUUGGUGGCAGGGGUCGGAUUUGUUUAUCACAAUCGAUGGCAGUUAAGGUUCAAACUUUAUCUGUUGAAAUUGGCUGCUCUCGGGUACAAAGAGAUCAGAGAUGCGCGAGACCACAACGAAUUUGAGUUUGACCUGAACAUCAUUUUCUACGACGACGAUGAAGAAUGGAUACGAGAACAUCUCCAACCGGCACUCGAGGAAAGACUUCCGCAGUUUGAGAGGAACGUGUUUGGUGACGAGGACCUUGUUCUUGGAAUGCACUAUUUGGAUUCAGUGGAUUAUGUUGUGAGUAGGAGUUACAAGACUUUGAUUGUGCUCAGCAGAGCUGCUGUUCGAGAUCGCUGGUUCAUGCUCAAGUUGCGAAUUGCAAUGGAUCAUGUCAGUGACACCCGCACUGAAUUCGUUGUUGCCAUCUUUCUGGAAGACAUCCCAGAUGAUGAGAUACCAUUUCUAGCUCGCUUGUAUCUCAGUGAUGGCAGACCUUAUCUCCAGUGGCCGAAUGAUGAAAGAGGACAGGAGUGUUUCUGGAAUGAAUUAUCCAAAGGCUUGACAAUCAAUCUAAGGACUAAUGAUUUGAUUCCAAAUGAGUAGACUGGAAUUCUCUCUUUGUUUCAAACAAGUUUGAUAUACAUUGCCAGUUUUACAAUGUACAUUACAUUAAACUUGUUCACUUCAUUUUAUACUGCGGGAGAAAACCUAUUCAAAAUUCAUCCACAUAAUUUUAAGAGCUUUCUUCUUUUAGUGAUUGAAAAUGAAGUUGUUUCACUUGGUAAACUGUCAAUCACUAUAGGACUAACUACAGUUGUCAAACUGAUAAGUCCACUUUUAAUGCAAGUCUAAUUUUGAUAAUAAAAACAGUAACAAAGAAUGCCAAGACUAUUAUACCUGAAUGUCAAUAAAAGAACUCUAGAACACUUGCUAUUUUAAACAGGAAUAAUCAGGGUUAUUUCUUUUUUCAUGGUCACGAUGUAGAUGGACUCACACACAAAAUGUAAUCUUGGGAUAAAUAAUAAUACAUGACCCACUAAUUGGGCCCUUUGGACAGCCUCUGACAGGCUUUUGAGCAUUAUUCCAGGUCUGCAGGUCAAAACAACCAUACCUGAGCAAAUAUUAAUGCAGGGCUUAUCAUUAAUAUAAUAUACUCCUAUGAUUUCAUGGACCAUAUAUCCUAGGAUGAAAUAAUGGUAAAUAAACUGAAAUCUACCAAUUUAUAACAAUAUUACAGGUUCACCCAAACUUUUGAAGGGGAGCAUAUGUCAGUAAACUAAAACAGGCCAUUUGGAGGAUUUUUUUUAUGAUAGAGGAAUAAGAGCCAAGACGUCUUAUUAUGAAAAUUUGUCCAUUAUGAUUGUGCACCUUAGCUAUUUAAUUGUACUGAGCAUCAACUCUGCUGACAAACAUUAAACCAAGCUCCAGAGUAUUUUGAUAAAUAAUGUCUGGAUAUAUAUACCCACCUAAGGACUUAGGUCAGCUGGGACCCUCUUUCCAUAUUAUUCACUGACUCGCAUAUCAGUUUAUGAUGUACAUUGACUGUGUAAGCUUCAAAAUACUAAUUCACAAUUUAAUUCAUUGAUGAGCAUCAUCAUCUUUUAACAUCUUUUAGGGGGCAUUUAGAUUAUAAUUUUUGUUCAUUCUAUAAUCAAUUGUACAUAAAUUAAUGAAUUAUAAGAGCUUUUGGGGCAGUAUUGGUAAAGCACAAUAUUAGAAUUGAGAUGAUACAUAUACAACGAUACAAAGGCACUAAACAGUUAUAUGUCUACAAAAAAGUUUAAUAUUUUAAGUUCAUCAUUUAGAACGAAAGCAUUAUGAAAUUUGAUAAUAAAACUGUCACAAUUAUGAAAGACAAGCACUAGAUUCUAUUAUUUUGAUAGAAGUAUUAUUGUUUGACAAUUUUGUGAGCAUCUCACACAGAUCAGUUUCUGGCCUCUCUGUCUCAUUAAACCAAAAUUUAACUAUUUUCCAUUAGAAUAAUGGAAGCCCCCCCCCCCCCUCCCCUACUAUAUAACCUCAUUAUUAAUAUCAAGAAAUGUCUUCAAAACAAAAGCAAUGUUUUCAGAACAAAGUAGAUCAGAAAGAAAUUUGAUUUCAUCAUAUAUUUUUAACCACUUGGAAAAACCUCUAUUGUAAUUACACCUCUUAAAGC